AUGUUUAAAGAUACGAAAGUAUUGGUGCAUGUAUUGGUGUGUUUAUUUGGUAUAUCGUCAUGGAUAGAUAUAAACGGACUAUGGGUGGAACUACCAUUAAUGGUAACAAGGUUACCUGAAGCCUGGAAUUUACCAUCGUAUAUGACAGUUAUAACACAAACAGCUAAUAUUGGGCCACUUUUGUUUACAUUGAUAACCUGUGUAUUGAAGGGUAGAAAAUUAGAAUCGCCUGUUUCUUUACUCAUAAUAUUAAUUGGAUGUGUGACUUGUGUUCUUUUAGGAUUCUUCUGGCACCAAACUACUGUCAUUGGGGGUGACCUUCACAGCACAGCUCUGCUAACGUUAAAUUUCAUUUUGGCUCUUGUAGACUGCACCUCAUCUAUUGCGUUUCUAGCGUUUAUGGCAGCUCUAAAACCUCAAUAUAUGCCCUCAUUUUUUAUUGGUGAGGGCUUAAGUGGAAUGGUUCCUAGUUUAACUGCUCUAGCCCAAGGUGCAGGACAAAUAACAUGUGUAAAUGUUUCCAGUACCAACUCCACUCAAGUCAACACUACGUGGUAUAACCAUACAACAUUUAAUGUCUAUCCAAACUAUAAUGAACCACGGUUCUCUGUUCAAGUUUUCUUCUUUAUUUUAGCGUCCUUGAUGUUUUGUUCACUUGUCGCGUUUUUGUUACUUAAAUUUAGUUCUUAUUGUCAAUCAGAGAAGGUGGAAAUGGACAUUACAGUUGAUGGCCAGGACAACAUCCAUCAAAAUUAUGGAACGAAUAACGCUGACAAAAAGUAUAGAAUUUCGACCGAAGAUAAAGGUUUUUCAACGGGAAUCAAAGUAAUUUUAUUAUGUGUUGUGUCCUGGAUAAACUUCAAUGUGUCCAGUUUUUUACUAUCUAUCCAGACAUAUUCUACACUUCCUUACGGUUUGAAUCCAUAUCAUUUAACAGUAACAUUGACUAACAUAGCUAAUCCUGUAGCAUGUUUUACAGCCAUGUUCAUUCCGCUCCUCUCAGUUCCAGGAAUCGUGGCAUUUACUUUUUUCGGUUCUGUGUGUUGUGCCUAUAUUAUAACUGGUGCUGCUUAUAGUCCUCAAUCACCAUUAGUUGACAGUAAUAGUGGAGGUCCCUUGAUGGUAAGUGUUACUGUGUGGGUGUUGUGUUUUUAUUUAUUGACGUAUGCGAAAGUUGGAGUAGCCAGUGUUUUGCGUCAAGGUGGCCGCAAUGCAUUGAUUCUUUGUGGAAUCUUCACUCAAAUCGGAAGUUUUCUCGGAGCUAUAGUUGGGUUUGUAUUGAAUAAUGUUUACCACGUCUUCGAUGAUGCGCCAUAUUGUUAA